UCCACUGUCUCUCUGGCCCUACUCUCUCUCCUUCAUAAAUUUGGAGGUAGUGUUUAUAAGAAUAUCUCAGAUAUAUCACAAGAAACCAUUCUAAAAAAAUAUCAUAAAUAAUUUUCUCUCUCUCUCUUUCUUUCUCUCUGUUCUUUCUUUCUCCCUUUGCUCAUCAAUGGCCAAAGUGUAUCCUAAUCAUAAUAAUGAUAAUCAAGAGCUAGAGAUAAUUGAUAUUUCAUCAAAGAGAGAAACUCUGACUAUGUGGAUGAAAUCUCUUGUUAUGCAAGGGAAUGGUUGCACUGUGUAUAAUGAUAAUGGUGAAGUGGUUUAUCGUAUUGAUAACUAUGAUGAUAAGGAUAGCGAUAAAGUUUAUCUCAUGGAUCUCAAGGGAAAAGUUCUCUUUACAAUCCUAAGAAAAAAAAUAUGGAUGUUUAGGAAGUGGGAAGGGUACAAAAGCAACAUUAAUGGUUUGGAUUUGAUUGUAGAUAAACCAUUAUUUCAAGUAACCAAAAAUUGUAGCUGGGUACUUAAUCUUGGGCAAGAGUUUUCCUGUGACGUUGCUUAUGAUAACAAUAUUGAGGCUGCCAGUCACUAUAGGUUAGAAGGCUCUUCUGGUACAUCCGCUCUCAGAAUAACAAAUGGCAAAGGUGGAUUAGUUGCAGAGGCAAAGAGAAAGUUGUCAUCUUCAGGGGUAGUUUUGGGAGAUGAUGUUUUGAGUUUAAUCAUAGAGGCAAGUGUGGAUAAUGCUCUGGUUAUGGCUCUUGUAGUCGCAUAUGGCUUAGUGCAACGAAAGAUAUAAUUUAUAUAUAUAUAUAUAUAUGUUUGUGUGUUAUCGAAGCCAGAAGAUGAUCAUGAUGAUACUGCAUAUUAAGAAUAAUAUAAGAGUAUUAUUGACUAUAUAUUAAUAUUAAUGAUGUUUUGCUCUAAGGUUUAUCUUACUCUUUGAGAAAGAUAAUCUUGUAACAUAAAAUUAUCAGAGGGUUGUUUUCCACAUUUUAUUCUUCUUCUUCUUAUUAUGAUUAGUGUUAUUAAUUGUAGUUCUUACAACAAAAACUUGCUGUGCUCAUAAUAAUAAUAUUGGGUUAAUUAUUAU